AUGGCAUUGUUGGCUUCUGCAGGCAAUGCACAGAAGACGGAUGAGGAGAAAGAACAGGUGAACACAGUUACCAUGAAGGAGAAGGUACCGGUCAGUGCUGCAAAAACUGCAAUGAACUUGUUUAAUCACACGGCAGAGGCAAGCGCCAGGGAGAAAGAGCUGAUGAAGGCUUGUACUGAUCCACAACUGUUUGCCGCAACAAUUGGGAACGUGAAGAUUAGCGCUGCUGGGUUGACGCAAUUGAAGCAGAAGCAAAAGAAAGGGAAGAAGAGCGACAAGAAGGAUAACAAAUAG